CUUGCAGGGCCCUGAUCCCGUAGCGGUGGGACCCUCUCAGCUGGCUGGGGUUUGAAGUGCAGCGUCUCCACAGCCCUUCUGUUGAUGCAGCGGCUAGGGUGGCAGUAGCCUGACGAUCCCCGCGCGCAGAGGGAUAUGCCCAGCGUCACAGCGCUGCGGCGCUGGCUAGUCUUUGUGGCGCUGCUCAGGCUCUUCUCAGUGGGGCUGGGCUAUGCGGCGCCACACCGAUUCCAGACCAACCUGUACACCAAGCAGCCGGAAGGAGUCACCGACUUAGCGGGGCGGAUAUUUUCGACAUGGACCUUGACAUCAAGCAUGCUGUGCCUCAUCUGCGCACGAAACCCAUGCGUGCCAGCCAUCUACGGCGCCACGCUGGGCUCCUUCCUGAUCGCCCUGCUGCACUUUGUGAUGGAGCUGGUGCUGUUCCAAACCAUGAGCCUCAAGUUUGCGCUGCAGCCCAUGGCCGUGGCAGGCAUCUCCAGCCUGUGGAUGGCGCUGGGCUGGAACUACUACACAGCGUAUGCCGAGCGCGCUGAGCCCGCUAUGUCUGAGGACAUCACCGUCACGCAGAAGGACGACUGAGCUGCCGCCUGGAGUGGCAGCCAUGCCGGAGCCUCCGCGGGCUGAGCGCCUCAGCCAUUUGCCAGCCGACCGGCCAUCCGGCAGCCAGCUCACCGGUGCGCUGGUGCCUGGCACGGUGGCAGCGGCUGCGCCACGGCGCUGUGUUUGCGGCAGCGCAGUGGAAGGAAGUUGGGGUGCCAGCGCAAUGCUCCGCAGACUGG